UGCGAUAUUUAACUUGGCCUAGAUACCGCUUACGAUGUAUCGCGCCAGUGCUGUUGGCAAAACUGUCCGCCAGGCCUCAAAAUGGCUGUACGGAUGGCCCUUCCGCUAUUUCCAUGCGAGUCCGGCAAAGCGGGACGAGUACUCCAUGUGUGACCACAACUAUGACGCUAUUGUGAUUGGGGCGGGUGGAGCCGGAAUGCGGGCCGGGUUCGGUCUGGCCGAGAAGGGAUUCAAGACGGCAUUGAUAUCAAAACUUUUUCCGACACGCUCCCACACGGUUGCUGCCCAAGGCGGCGUCAAUGCAGCCCUCAGCAACAUGGAUAAAGACGACUGGAAGUAUCAUUUCUACGACACAGUUAAGGGCAGUGACUGGCUGGGGGAUCAGAAUGCCAUACACUACAUGUGCCAGGAGGCGGAGGCGGCUGUGUACGAACUGGACCAUUACGGCAUGCCUUUUUCACGCAAAGAGGAUGGCAAAAUCUAUCAGAGACCGUUUGGGGGCCAAACCCUGGGAUAUGGCAAGGGUGGAGUGGCACGUCGGGCCUGUGCCGUCGCCGAUCGAACUGGACACGCUCUCAUACACACGCUGUAUGGCCAAACACUGAAGUAUGCCGAUCUGUGUCAUUAUUUCGUGGACUAUUUUGUGCUGGAUCUAAUUAUGCAGGACUGUAAGUGCGUGGGCUGCCUGGCCUGGAAGCUGGACGAUGGCACAUUUCAUCGCUUCAUAGCCAAGAACACGAUCGUUGCUGCUGGCGGAUGUGGUCGUGUCUACUUUUCGACCACAGCCGGUCAUACGUGCACCGGCGACGGCAAUGCUUGGAUCUCUCGCCAGAACCUUCCGCUGCAGGAUAUGGAGUUUGUGCAGUUUCAUCCGACGGGAAUGUACGGUGCCGGCUGCCUCAUCACCGAGGGAGUCCGUGGCGAAGGUGGCUUCUUCAUAAACUCUAAAGGCGAACGUUUCAUGGAGCGGUACGCUCCCGAAGCUAAGGACUUGGCCUCUCGCGAUGUCGUCGCCCGUGCUAUGACGCUUGAGGUGCUCGAAGGCAACGGCUGUGGACCACUAAAGGAUCACGUACACUUGCAGUUACACCACAUCGAUCCCAACAUAAUCCGUCAACGUCUGCCGGGCAUUGUGGUCACCGCCAGGAUAUUUGCCAAGGUGGAUGUGACCAAAGAGCCUGUGCCGGUGCUGCCCACAGUGCAUUAUAAUAUGGGCGGCAUACCAACUAAUUUCAUGGGCAAGGUGGUCACAAUGGGUGACGACUGUAAGGAGAAACUUGUUGAGGGCUUGUACGCCUGCGGCGAAACCUCUUGCGCUUCGGUGCAUGGCGCCAAUCGCUUGGGUGCGAACUCUCUGCUCGAUCUGAUUGUUUUUGGACGCUCCUGUGCUCUGGACAUUGCAAAGAAUGGCUGCCCCGGCGAGGAUCCCCCAAAGGUGGAUGAGAAGGCCACUGAGAAGUCAAUGGACAAUUUCAAGAAACUACGUUGCGCCAACGGCAAAACGCCUACGGCCGCACUGCGUCUAGAAUUGCAGCGCACUAUGACCAAACAUGCGGCUGUUUUCCGGGAGGGAAAAUUGCUCAAGGACGGUCUGCUUAAGGUCGCCGAGCUGUGCCAGCAGUUCAAGGACAUUAAAGUCACUGAUCGCUCAAUGGUCUGGAACACAGAUCUAAUAGAAACUCUUGAGCUACAGAACAUGCUUGUAAACGCAGUCCACAUCAUAACCGCCAUGGAGAACCGCAAGGAGUCACGUGGCUCGCAUGCCCGCGAGGAUUUCAAGGUCCGAUUGGAUGAAUUCGACUACAGCUUGCCUUUGGAGGGGCAGAAGAAGAAGAAAUUCGAAGAGCAUUGGCGCAAGCAUACACUGACCUUUGCUCAGGGGGAUGAGGGCUGUGCCACCAUCAAGUACCGUGAGGUCAUUGAUAAGACUCUCGAUGACAAGCUGCCGUCCAUUCCGCCAGCACCGCGCAAAUAUUAGAAAGCAACAAACCCGAAAACCCGCGAUUAUCUGUUAAUUUUAAUUUUUCCAAUCAGCAUUUCUACCAAUUUAAAUAUACAUAUAAUUAUAUACACUACAAGUAGUACAA